AGGUCGAGGGGCAUUCAAGACAUUGGAGCGCGCAUGAGUUAGGCAUUUCUUUUGUCGCGUUAAAAUCCAUCUUCGUCCGCACCCGCACCGAGAGACACGGACAGAUGAUGUUGCAAUUGCCCGGCAUAGCGAGCAAUCCCUUGUGGCUCUCACCGUCUCCACACCGGCAAUGUAGCAGGCCUGUGCGAGCGAGGAGGAAAUGGUCAAUCUAUGCAUCCAACAAAGGCUCCAAAGGAGAUGGAGAAUUGUUUCAAAUGCUGCAAAGGUUCAUGCGAAAGAAAGCGAGGGCUCUCAAGGGGGAUUUAACAACAUUGCGAACAGCAAACCAUCACCGUAGACCUCUCACAAGAACUGUGACAAUUGGCCUGAUUGCGGUCUCAGCAACGCUCUACCUUUGGAACUUGAAGGCUUUGAUUGCACAUAUCUUGAAAAGAGUUUGCGUCGAGGCACUGUCGAGGUCGUCCUUGAAUCGAUUCGCGUCUAUCAGCCUCUCUGCGCUAUCAAACCACAGGAGAGAGUUUGUAGCAAACUUGAGGUGGUCCAUCGCCCAUCUCUCGUAUUUACUCGACGUGGUUCUCGAGCGCCAUCCUACUUCAUAUUUAGUGAUUCUCGGGACAACUUGCGCGGUUCUUAUUUUCAUUGGAGGCUUUGCUUUCUACCAUCUCAGAACACGUAAGCAAACGCUAGGCGAUGCUUUCUGGGAAGCAUGGGCGUGUCUUUGCAACUCCAGCACACACCUGAAAGAACAAACCGUCGUGGAAAGAGCAACUGGAUUGCUACUGGCGAUUGGUGGUUUGAUGUUCUACUCGCUCCUCACGAGCACACUCACGGCGCAAUUCAAGAGCCGGAUGGAAAUCUUACGCGAGGGUGCGCUCUUUGAGGUGAUGGAGGUCGGGCAUACUGUAGUCUGUGGCACCAAUAACCAUUUGAGCACACUGCUCAAGCAGCUCAACAAGGCGCAAGACUUGGCGAUAAAAAAUAAGACAGCAACUUCUCGGAAGAAGACUGUAGUUCUUCUAUCCGAGAAGAUGAAGAAAAGCAACAGUGUUGUCUCCAAUACAAUCAAAGAAUGCAAGGCUUUGAAUGUCCUUGUUCGAAGUGGCAAGCUUAACAAGACCUCGACGUUUCAGACUGUUGGUGCUUCCAGAGCCUCUCGUAUCAUAUUUCUUGCGAGGAAAACUGAUUCAUACGAGGCCGAUGCAGAUGUGGUGCUGUCGGUGCUGGCUUUGCAGCCAUUACGCGAGGAAAAAUCGGUGCAGGUUAUUGCGGAGGUAUCUAAGGAGGGAACAGCUCAAUUGCUUCAAUCUCUCGCGGGCCAAAACAUAACUACUGUGCAAGAUUUAUCCUCCAAGCUCUUGGUACAGUGCUCUCGACAGAAUGGUCUUAUAGACGUGUACCACGAACUUCUCGAUCAUGGAAGACAAGUGAUCAUUUUGCGACACUAUCCGAGCUUAGCUGGUUACAAAUAUCGUGAUGUGCGUCAUAGUUUUCAAGAGGGAAUUGUGUGUGGAAUUAUACGAGAUGGUGCCAUCGACUUUCAUCCCAAAGAUGGUCUUGCCUUGGAGUCUACAGACAGGUUAAUUAUUAUUUCCCACAAGAACAGCAGUGAAGAAGUUAGUAUACUUCCCGCGACUGCUCCGGCAUUCAACAUGGCAAGCGUCGCUAGAAGAUCACUUAAACCUCUCUCAAAGAUCGAGUGGAGCAUUCCCAAGAAAGAGUACAUUCUUAUACUGGGAUGGAGACCAUCGAUGAAAGACAUUGUUGCCGAGUAUGACGACUAUGUUGGUCCUGGAAGCGAGCUGCUGAUCCUUGCUCAAGAGCCUCUUAAAAAGAGGCAACUGGUAACUUCGCCACUCAAGAACAUCAGAGUUACUCAAAAGAUUGGAAAUCCUCUAAACGAGACAGACCUGGCAAGCGCGAUAUCCGAAGUCGAGGCUUGCAAAUCCAGCACAGAUGCCCUGUCCAUUGUGGUCAUCAUCGACGAUAAAUGGCAGCAAGAAAGCAUUUCCAAAUCUGAUAAGCAGUCCAUCUAUGCACUUCUGCUCGCUGAAUCUGUUUGCAUCCAUUUAAAAGUCAAGGUUGCAAGCUUAGUUGCAGAGCUUGUAGACACAAAACUUGGAAAACAAGUUGUGAAAAGCCAUGACACUUUGACAUUCAUUGGAACAAGCGAGUUAAUAGGACUAGUGACAGCCCAAGUGGCCGAGAACACGGAGCUAAAUGAUAUAUGGACUGAGCUUCUCAAUCCCUGGGGAAAUGAAAUCUAUGUCAAGGAUAUCGCUCUCUACAUGAAAUCCGGAGAGGCUCCAACGUUUCAGGAGCUUGCGGAUCGAGCGGUUUUCCGGGAUGAAGUUGCCAUCGGCUAUAGAAUGCACAAUAGCACAGUGAUCAAUCCAGCUUCUAAAGAUGUCCCACUGUGCUUCUCACGAGGGGAUUCUCUUGUUGUCAUCUCUGAGUUUGAAUAUGGAAAUUAUCAAGGGAAUUAAUCCAAGUUAAGUUUUCUUUGAGAAAA